AUGUCAAACCUUAUUAGAAGUCGUAAGGCAGUGACGACUACACAGAUGUCGCCUCCCCCGACUCAGCCUUCACCUGCCACUACUCUAGCACAGAUGGACCACAUGCUAGUUGGUCCUAGGGGCUCCCCUGCGCUGGCGUCAUCAGCAUCAUCUGUGGCGUCAUCAGCAUCAUCUGUGGCGCAACCUGUUAGUGCUAGGCGUCGUCAUCGCCCCCCCAGCACGACCGACACAACCUCGACAAACGGUACGGGGCUUUGUCGGCAGUUGAAGACGACAAAAGUCACUCGGGUGACCAACAGUCGUAUCAAGAUCAGAUAUGACGAGCGGCAUCGGGCUGCACCAACGGCGGAAUUGCAUAGCUCAUUGGCCCACGACAUUGGUCAUGUCGUUCGGACCCAUUGCCCGAUGAAAUGGAAGUCUUGGAAGGUCAUGCCUGACGAGACGAGGAUGGAGGUGCGCGGAAAGUUGUCGACCAAGUACAAUUUGGAAGACCUCGACGAUGAGUUGUUGACGUACGUCAACAGACUCUUCGCUGAGAGGUACAAGCAGUGGAAGAGUGACUUGCACCACCAUUUUCAGGCAUUUGAUGAUCCACAGGUCGCUCUUCACGAGGGAGGAGCUUGA